CUCUGUCUAACCAUAAAUGCAUACCGGCAUCGGCAUUGACCUCGGUAGAGAUACUUUAGAGAGUCAAAUCUACGCGGGGGUGGGACUGAAUCCAGCAGCGACAUGUUAUUCGCCUUCACGGGACUCGGCUGCGUACGCAUCCAUGAUUGGGACUGCUUGGGGUGCAGAACUGCCCUGCCGAUCGCGGGAUAUCCGAAUGGCCCACCUGGAGCAUCCGAGGAUGCUAUGUGGCCGGUUUUUCCGAUUCCCUUGGAGAAGUGUCAAAAGAUCAAUUGAGAGCCAAUUAAUGCCUGGCCUUGGAGAAUAGGGUUAAGCAAAUCCAUCACGUAUU